UUUGGACGUAGCAGCAAUCUCUUGCUGACUCGAUAUAAAAGGAGCGCAAUGUUCGACUUAAGUCUUUCUGCUGUUGCUGUCGGACCCGAGACCGUUCCCACUUGUUGUUGUUCAUCCUCCACUUAUGUCCCCCCGUUUCAUCCAAUUUUAAUCAAACAACCACAUUGUUUCUUCUUGUCGAAUUUCAUUUAGUGUCGAAAAGUUGGCGAUUUUCAUUGAAUCAGCACCCGAAAAUAAGAAUUCCUCCGACAACUUGUUUGCACAGCUCCCGAGUUUUCACGAAAGGAGAACUUGUUAAUAAUAACAAGCCACGUGUAUAGACAAUUACUUGUCGCGAGUUUAGCAACUGUUCUAUUUCGCAAAGUUCGUUGGAGACGUGCAGUCCAUUUUUUUGUUUUGUUUCUUUUCAAAGCGAAAAGAAAGUAGUUUUUGACAUCGUCCGGAUUUCCUCGUUUUUUGUUGCGUGUGUUUUCCCGCGUGUGCCGCUUGUUGACGCAGACAUGGCGGCGAUCAAUAAGGCUUUCGUCCCUGAAGAUGAUUUCAAAGAAACUAGUCGUCAGGAUCGUCCUACCUCGUCGGAUAAGGGCAGCACCGUCUGUCACGUAGACAUCGAGAGGAUCGAUGACUCGAAUGCGCCCAAGUUACCCCAGAUUUUAGCAACUCUGCCAGCAUUAUUCGGUGCUUUCGUUCUGGGAACUUAUCUGGGCUGGUGCAGUCCGGUGCAACCGCAAUUGAAGUCGGCCAACGGUACGAUCACGGCCAGUGAUGACAUCACGACAGAGGACCAGGAAAGCGUGUGGCACUUGUUGUUGGACGAAGAUCAAAUGUCGUGGGUAGGGUCGCUGAUUAAUGUCGGUGCCGUAGUUGGAUGCCUUUGCGGAGGCUUCCUCAUGGACAGAUUCGGUCGAAAGGUCAUCCUGGCCGCCGUCUUUUUGCUCUACACGGCCGGCUGGCUGUUGAUCACAUUGGGCGUUCAUGCUAGUAUGUUGUAUGUCGGUCGGAUUGUCGGUGGAUUAGCUGGAGGCGUUUGCUGCGUCGUAGCUCCUAGCUACAUCGGUGAAACGUCCACCAUCUCGAUGCGAGGAGCGCUGGGUAUGCUCUUCUCUGCCAUGAUGUCCGCCGGAAUUUUGGCAACAAGUCUAUUGGGAUGGCUGGAUUGGCGCUGGAUUUCGACCAUCUGCACCCUUUUCCCUGUGCUGGUUCUCGUCGGAGUCAUCUUCGUGCCGGACUCGCCAUACUUUUUAGUCAAACAAGGUCGCCAAGGAGACGCCGAAUCCUCGUUACUCUGGUUGCGCGGGAAUGAUUACAAUUACGUAAAAGCCGAGCUGAGUCGCAUUGAGGCUCUCAUUGUAGAAGAUGCGGCUCAAGAAUCUCGAUUCUCUGACAUCACACGACCUGCUGUUUACAAGCCCGUACUCAUCGGAAUUGGCCUGAUGGUUCUUCAACAGCUCUCCGGCAUUAACGCGGCCCUCUUCAAUUCGGUGGAAAUCUUCCGCUUGUCCGGUUCCAGUUUAGACGGGCUCGUCAGCGCCGUCAUUCUCAAUUUCGUUCUGUUGGUGGCUGCGCUGUCGUCUUCCAUUUUAGUGGAGCGUUUAGGACGAAAGGUUUUGUUUCUACUGUCGGAGACGUUAACUUGCCUCUCCGUUUUCGCGUUGGGUGGCUACUUCUACGUGCUGGAGAACGAUCGCGAGAUGGCCCAACGAUUCGGAUGGGUCCCUUUGACCCUGUUAAUCUUCUUCAUUGCUGUUUUCGCCGCCGGAGUGGGUCCUCUGCCUUGGCUCGUGUCCGGAGAAUUGAUGCCGGCCAAAUUUAAAGGUCCUGGCAGCUCAAUUGUCGCCUUCACUAACUGGAUCACUUCGUUCAUUGUCACUAAAGCCUUCAUUGACAUGCAAAGAAGCCUCACCAAUGCCGGGACGUUUUGGGUCUUUGGCAUCUUGUGCUUUAUCGGCAUCUUGUUUGGCAUCUUCAUCUUGCCCGAGACGAAAGGCAAAACGCCGGAACAAAUUCAGGCCCUUUUCAGCGAUGGCAAAGACCGUGAAAAUGUGAAUAAUUCCAUCGAACAGCGUCCAUCACGUUUCUAAAUCUCAAUGUGUAGAUCCACUAUCAUCACUUUCUUCCUAAAUUAUAUAUGAUUAUGCAACGAAAACUAAAAACGACACACAAUCUACCGUAUUACGCCCUACCCCCCCGCCGAGUUAAACGCGCACGCACAAUGACGUGAAUCAAAUGACGACAUUACAUUUUCUUUGCUUGCUGUAAUCUAUUAGGGAUUAGACCAUUUACGCUGAAUCGUGUCAUAAAACCCGCGUACGGCAACGGCUAUCAAUUUGACACGUAAUGCAAUGGAUCAUCGGAAUGGCCUUAAUAUUUUUUGAAAUACUUUUCGUUUUUUCUAGCCUGUAUGUCAUGCCAUAUGUGUUUUGUACUUUUAUAUAGCAAUAUUUUUGCAAUAAAUUGGCGGUGUGUUGAUCCUCUAUCGCAAACGAA